AUGGAUGGUAUGGAGGAGCAGCUCGCAGUUCUGGAGCGCAAGCUGCCGGCCAUAUUGGACGUCAUAACUGACGCGGAGGAGCAGGGGACUCACCGGCCUGGGGUGAGUGCUUGGCUCAAAGCACUCAAGGCUGCUGCGUACAAAGCCAAUGACGUUUUCGAUGAGCUCAAGUAUGAAGCGCUCCGCCGUGAAGCGAAGAGGAAGGGGCAAGACAACAAAUUCAGCACCGAUGCAGUGAUGCUCCGCCCGGCUCACAGCCCUAUGCUGUUUCGUUACAGGAUGGGCAAGAAGCUGCGCAAGAUUGUGCGUACCAUCGAGGUCCUCGUUGCUGAGAUGAAUGCCUUUGGGUUCAAAUACCGACAGGAAAUGCCAGCGUCCAAGCAGUGGCGGCAGACAGAUUCGAUCAUGAUUGACUCUGAGAAUAUUAUCAGCAGAGAGGCAGAGAAGUGGAAGAUUGUUGACAUGUUGCUUGCCCAUUCUACAAACAAGGACCUGUUGGUCCUUCCAAUUGUUGGAAUGGGUGGCUUGGGGAAGACCACUUUUGCACAGAUCAUUUACAAUGAUCCUGAUACCCGAAAGCAUUUCCAGCUCCGGAAGUGGGUGUGUGUUUUGGAUGACUUUGAUGUUACAGACAUUGCUAAUAAGAUCAGUGUGUCGACCGAGAAAGACAGUGAAAGGGCACUGGAGAAGCUUCAGCACGAAAUCAGUGGAAGGAGGUACCUCCUUGUCCUGGAUGAUGUAUGGAAUCGCGAUGCUGAUAAGUGGGCAAAGCUAAAAUACUGUCUUCAACAGUGUGGUGGUUCUGGGAGUGCAAUAUUGAUGACAACUCGCGAUGACAGAGUUGCUCAAAUCAUGGGAACAGCUCAGGCCCAUCAAUUGGUAACGAUGGACAAAAAAGAUUUGCUUGCAAUAUUUGAGAAAAGAGCAUUUGGAUUGAAUGGACAAAAGCCUGAUGAGCUGGUUCAGAUUGGCAAGGAGAUCGUGGACAGGUGCCAUGGGUCCCCUUUAGCCGCAAAGGCAUUGGGAUCUAUGUUGAGCAACCAAAAAAGCGUGGAAGAGUGGGGAGCUGUGUUAGAAAAAAGCAGUGUAUGUGAUGAGGAGAGUGGGAUUUUACCUAUACUCAAGCUCAGCUACAAUGAUUUACCCGCACACAUGAAGCAAUGCUUUGCCUUUUGUGCCGUCUUUCCGAAAAAUUAUGUGAUUAAUGUGGACAAACUGAUACAGUUAUGGAUGGCAGUUGACUUCAUUCCACCAGAAGGUGCAAUCCGUCCAGAAACAAAAGGUAAACAAAUACUCAAUGAGCUUGUCUCAAGGUCAUUCUUUCAAGAUGUAAACCAGGAUGGAGGUGGAAACAACUAUACGACUACCUGUACUGUCCAUGAUCUUAUGCAUGAUGUUGCACUGUCUGUGAUGGGAAAAGAAUGUGUUACUAUAGAGGAGAGGCUGAAAUAUAUGGAGAUUUUGCCAUACACUGUUCGCCAUUUGUUCUUGUCAUCCCAUGGUCCUGGAUCCUUCCUGAGUGCUACACUGAAGGAAACAUGUUCAGGUAUCCAGACCAUGUUGGGCAGUAUUGAUGCUAGUAAUUCGGUACGACAUUUAUCGAAGUGCACUUGUCUUCGAGCACUGCAGCUCUGUCACUACAGGUCGAGUGGGCUUCCAUUUGUACCAAAGCACCCGAAGCACCUCAGGUAUCUCGACCUCUCCGGCAAUUGUCAUAUCAAAGCACUUCCUGAAGAAAUCUGCAUCAUGUAUAACCUACGGACGUUGAACCUUUCUGGAUGUGAACGUCUUAGUGGACUUCCAAAGGAUAUGAAGUACAUGACUGGCCUUCGGCACCUAUAUACUGAUGGGUGUCUGUCCUUAAAGCGCAUGCCUCCAAAUCUUGGAUGGUUAACUUCCCUACAGACGCUGACAUAUUUUGUUGUAGGCUGUAGCUCUGGCUGUAGUAGCAUUGGAGAACUGAGGCACAUGAACCUUCGAGGUCAGCUAGCGCUAUGCCAUCUAGAAAAUGUAACAGAAGCAGAUAUAACAACGGGUAACCAUGGGGGUAAAAAGGACCUCACUCAGCUAUCUUUUGCAUGGAAGAAUGAUUGCAGUGAGGUCGAUUUUCAUGAAAAGGUGCUGGAUGCUUUUACUCCUAACCGUGGUCUUCAGAUUUUACUGGUGGAUUCCUAUAGAAGCAUUAGGUUUCCAACUUGGAUGGCGAACCUGAGUGUGAUGCAAGACCUAGUCAAGUUGAGCCUAGUCAGUUGCACAGUGUGCGACAGACUUCCCCAGCUGUGGCAAUUACCAGCUCUUCAAGUUCUUCAUUUGGAGAGCAUGGACAGAUUGCACUGCCUAUGCAUCGGUGAUGGAGGCACUUUCACAUCCUCAACAUUCCCAAAAUUGAGGGAGCUUGUGUUACUUGAUUUGAAGAUUUUGAAUGGAUGGUGGGAAGUAAAAGGAAGACAUGGACACCAAUUGCUGUUUCCCCUUCUGGAGGAACUAUCAAUUGGGAGUUGCAAUAAGUUGACAAACUUACCAGAACCACCAAUGCUUGGAGAAUCUUCUAGCUGCGGUGGUAACAAGGGACACUCAGCAUUUCCAGCAUUAAAGAAACUCAUGUUACAUGGUUUGAAGAGUUUGAGCAGAUGGGGAAAAAAAGAAGAAAGAUAUGGCGAACAACCAACAUUUCCACUGCUUGAGAAUGCCGAUAUUAUAGAUUGUCCAGAGCUAUCAACUCUAGAAGCACCAAGGCUUCGAGUAUUAGUGUUUCCAGAAGAUAGGCCAUUGAUUUGGUUAUCCAUGGCCAGAUAUAUGACUGCAUUUUCCAGUGCAAGAUUGAAAAUCACACCAUAUUCUCCCUCGCACGUGCAAUGUUCAGUUCAACAGGUAGAUGGUAAGGGGAAAUGGAACCAUAGAUCUUCUCAUGCAGCUAUGGAGCUAUGUGGAAGCUAUUUCUUCCACACAAGCUGGAAAUAUUUUGUAAACCUUAGCUAUCUGGAAAUCAUUUCUUGUGACGAGCUUACCUACUGGCCAUUAAAAGAGCUUCAAUGCUUGGUAUCCUUGAACAGAUUAAUAAUUCAUUGUUGCAACAAUCUUACUGGAUCUGCAAAGAUUCUUGAAGAAGUAGUAUACGAAGGAAAUCAGCUCCUACCAUGUCUUGAAUCUUUGGAAAUAAAAAGUUGUCCAAACUUGGUCGAGAUUUUCAGCCUUCCUUCAUCACUGAAGGAAAUAUAUAUUGAGAGAUGCAGUAAGCUUGAGUUCAUAUGGGGUAAGCAGAGUACUGAAAAGAAUUGUUAUGUUGAAUACCCGGAUGACUUGACAUUAUCAGACUCCUUUAGUGGCCUUAGUGCCUCUGCAAUUGAACGAGAUCCCUCUUCUCUGGCAAGAAAUCAUUAUCUACCAUGCCUCGAGUCUUUAACACUAAUAAGUUGUCAAAGUUUGGUAGAGCUUCUCGAUUUUCCCUUGUAUCUCAAGGAAGUACACAUUUAG